GUUAAGUAACCUAGCAAAACGGAAAAAGAGGUAAAAAAUAGGCAGUUUUUGUGUGACAAUCAGCAAACCACAGGCAAACCGAUUCGUGGCAAAUGUAUCCACAGUCAGCGAUCUUCGAAAACGUACGGAAGUGUGGUUUAUGAUCGAGUGAUAAUCCGUUGAAUGUUUUAUUAAACACGGUAAAAGAAAAUCAGUGCCUUGAAAAUAUAUUAAGCGUGUGUUCCGUUUGCGUUUGGCUGGCUUGGAGUUCGAUUGAACAGUUAUUGACGUGAAAGAUUGACGAUAAAGAAAGCAGAGAAAGUAGUCCCGGUGCAGGAAACACAAGGCGUGUUGUGAGUGAAAAUUCUACUCACCUUUAACCGCGUGGUCACAUCAAAGUGUCCACCAGAACACACAUAUAUGAACCAUACACAUCAUAUUAUGAGUGCGUACGGCGCCAGUAGUGACACCAGCAGCGUAGCAAUGAAUCACCAGACGACGCAAAGUAUCGCCGACUAUCUGGCACAGUUGCUGAAGGAUCGCAAACAGUUGGCCGCCUUCCCGAACGUGUUCCUGCACGUCGAGCGGCUGCUCGACGAGGAGAUCUCCAAGGUGCGCGCCUCGCUCUUCCAGAUCAAUGGCGUCACGAAGGAGCCCCUGCAGCUGCCAGAGGCGGAGGGCGAGACGGUCACGCUGAACGAGAAGGUGUACGUGCCGGUGAAGGAGCACCCGGACUUCAACUUUGUCGGGCGCAUCCUCGGUCCGCGUGGCAUGACCGCCAAGCAGCUCGAGCAGGAAACCGGCUGCAAGAUCAUGGUCCGGGGGAAGGGCUCGAUGCGCGACAAGAAAAAGGAGGACGCCAACCGGGGCAAGCCAAACUGGGAGCACCUAUCCGACGACCUGCACGUGCUGAUCACAGUCGAGGAUACCGAGAACCGGGCCACGAUCAAGCUGAAGCGCGCCCUAGACGAGGUGAAGAAGCUGCUCGUACCGCACGCCGAAGGCGAGGAUGAACUCAAGAAGCGCCAGCUAAUGGAGCUGGCCAUCAUCAACGGCACGUACCGCGACUCCAGCGCCAAGGUGGCCACGACCGACACGUUCAACUUUGACGCCCAGCAGUACUCGGACGAGCGGUGGAAGCUGGCGACGGCGGCAGCCUCGGCGGCCGACUCACGCAUGCUCAACCACGCAACGGCCCUGGCCAACCUGGCUGCGGGUAACCCGCUCGCUGCCCGGACCGCGGCCAAUCCGCUCGGUGCGCCCAUCAUCCUUUCGCCCCGCAUCUCCGUGCCGACGACCGCCGCCAGCCUGAUGGCCGGUUCCGGCCCGCCGGCCACCAUCGACCACACGACCGGCCUGAUCUACGCCACGCCCUACACGGACUACACCUACGCGCUUACGGCCGCCGGCAAUCCGCUGCUGCAGGAGUACGCCGAUCACAGCGUAGGUGCAAUGAAAAAUCCUAGAAGGCAAUACGCGCCUCGCGAUCAUCCCUACUAAAACAAAACAAAAAACGCAACCAACAAAAAAUCUUCAAACAAACUCAAAAAAAAAAAAAUGCAACAACCACAAAAAAACAACAAACAAACCCAUUAGCAACACUACCGGGCGGUGGGGCAAUAAUUUAUCUAA